AUGACUAAUCCCACAUCAUCGCCAUUUAUUGAGUCGCCAUCAAUUCAAAAUAAUGUACUCAAGAGCUACACUACAGACACCGCCAAGCUAGAUUCCAAGAUCUACAUUUCCAAACUAGAGUUUCAAAUAAAAUCAUUUGAAACAGAAAGAGAGCUAUGGGCAAAGGAGAGGCAGACGAUCGUGUCACAAUAUGAAAACAACAUCAAACAAAAGAACAAGGAGAUUGAGGAGUUGAAGUUAAAUAUGGAUUUUGUAUACAAAGAGAAUGAGCAGUUGGGGUCCAAGAUUGAAAAUUCAAACGAUAUCUCUCAAGUUCGAUUGAACGAGUUGAAUCAACAGAAUAAGGAAUUGAAAUCUCGAAAUAGCAAGUUGGAGUCAAAUUACCGUAGUUUGGUUGAUAAGAAUGACAGAUUGAUUAGAAAACACAAGCAAGUGACUGCUGAUUGGAACACACAAAUCAAAGUCAAUGAUGAGUUAAGUAAUGAGUUGAAAACACGAGACCAAACUAUAGAGACAUUACAAACAUCCAACCAAGAAUUCGUUGAUCAGCUUGAGCAAUACACCAAGCUUUUUAAAAAUGAUGAAUCGUUGUUUAAAAACAACCAAAUUCUCAUGAACAAGAAUACAAGCUUGCAAAAGACCAACAACCAACUUCAAUUGAAAAUUGAUCAACUUUUGCAGAAACAAACGUCUAUAGAAUUGUUGAAGCAGAAAAAUAUGAGUUUGGCCAAAAGCCGUGAUCAAUUAGAGGAAUUAAAGUGUAAGCACCAAAAGUUGGAAGUGGAAAAACUAGAAUUGGAGUCCAGGUACAACGAAUACUUUCAGAACUUGGAAAGAUCUAUUGUUGAUGAUGAUAAUUACAACCCUGAAGAUCUAGAUGUGACAAAGUCAUUGAAGGUUCAAAAUUUCAUAGACAAGUUCAAGGAACUUCAAGCACAGAAUUUGACAUUAAAGGAGAAAUACGAUGCCAAAACUAUUGAAUCUAACGAGUUGAAGCAAGAACUAGAAGAUGUUUCUAAACAUAUUGAACAAGAUUAUUUGCCGUUGAUACAAAAAGGGCAAGCUAGAAACGAAGUUGCGUCUAACCGAAUAUCAGAAUUGGAAAGAGAAAAAAUGUUGUUUACAGCUGAAAUUGAACAUUUAAGAAAACUGUUGAAAGAUUUGGAAGCGAUUUUAAACUCAAGAGAGGAAUCAAAGCAUGAAAACAAGACCAUGCAGCAAUACAUUACCAACUUGGAGAAUUUAGUUGACCAAUACAAACGUAAAUUAGAUGAUCUAAGCAAGAAACAGAUAGAGGUGAGACCACAAGUAGGUGAAAAGAGACAAAGACCAGAUGAUAAGAGCUUUCGCCAAACAGCGACGGACUUGGAGAAGGAAAAUACCCAAUUACUAGCAACAAUCAAAAAAUUGGAGCUAGUGAACUCCGAAUUGAAACAAAAGUUAGACUCAUUGCAAGUCAUAGUUCAAAAACGUGAUUCAAUAAAGGUUUUAGAGCUAAAAAAUAAUUUGCUAUCGAAGGACCAAUUUGUGAAACGGGAAACACUUGAUGCACUACGGAAAGAGAACGAAGCCUUGAUAGAGAAGUACAUAAACCACCGGUCCAACACUGAGCUUAUCCCAAAAGCCUUGUUUGCGAGACAAGAGGAUGAUAAAACUGCCUUGCAGUCGCAAGUUGAUACAUUGACCAAAAGAAUCAACCGGUUAAGAGAUAUCUACACGCAAAAAUCAAAAGAUAUUUUAAUCACCAUAUCUAAAUAUUUUGGUUAUUCCAUUGAGUUUUUGCCUAGCACCAUUCGUCCGGAUGAACUUUCAUCACGAUUGAAAUUGUCGUCAAAAUUUAUUCCGCGGGAAAAGAACUCGUAUCUUAUCCUUGAUUUUGAUAACAAGUCUCUUAAAGCAUACGGAGAUUACGAAUUUAAAUCACUUUGUGAAGAAUUGGCCCAUGAGUGGGUUUCAAAAAACCAGUUUCCUUGCAUGUUAAGCGCAUUGAACUUGAAAUUAUACGAAGCUGCAAAAUCUACAUAG